AACAAGAUCUAGAUCAAGUACAGCUUGCCUGACAAAAAAUAAUCUUUGAAAAUAUUUCAUCAGAAAAGCAUAUCAAAAUUCUAAAUUGAAAAAAAUGGUAUUCGGAUUGAUGACAUCACCGAUUCGAAUGAUAUUCUCAUUGUUGUUGAUGCAAGGAAUAUCAUUAACAAUGUUUCGUGCAUUUCUCAAUCAAGCAAUACAACGUGUUGAUCCAUUAAAAUUUCAAUUCAAUCUUGGUAAUACAAAUCAAUCUGGUUCGUCAACGAUACAAUCAUCAACAUCUCAAUCACCAUCAUUGUCAUCAUUGCCAUUGUUUCAAUCAUUAAUGCAACAUUAUCAACAAAGUCAACAACUACAAGCACCACCAACACCAGCACCAUUAGUGGAUCAACGUGUUAUCGAUUUGGUGCAAUUAAUACGUUCAAUGCAACCAUCAUUACCACCACCAUCACAACAACAACAAUCAUUGCCAAUACAAUCUCCAUCAACCACCGUACAAUUAUUACCAUCACCAACCAUUAUGUCAUCACCGAUUAUAUCAUUAAAUCCUCAAAGUUUAUUGAAUGCAGCUAAAUUACAACAAACUACAACUCAAACGCCACCUGCUUUACAAAUUCCUAUACCAACAUCAAAUUAUCCUGGUGGUGGUAUAAUAAUGGUAAUUCCCCCAAAAAUUCAUUCCGAAACAUCAGUUUCACCAACUUAUUCAGUAUCAGCAUCGAAUCAUAUUGAAAAAAUAUAUCAUAAUAAUAGAAUCGAUGAGGACAAUGAAAUUGAAGAUGGAGAUCAUCAUGAUAAUGAACCAGUCACGACGACAACACCGAAACCAAAAUCAAGAAAACAAUCCUUGAAAAAGAAGAAACAAAAACGUAAAGCAAAUAACAAUAUGAUUGUUUUCGAAGCUGUCGGGGAUUUACCAUAUGAUUUCGACAUUGUCGGAGGUGAUGAUGAAAAUUGAAGCAAAAGCAAAUAUAGAAAUUUGAAAUUUUUAUUA